AUGUCGGACUUGAGCGACCACGGCGGACCGCCGCACCACAGCCACCUGCCGCACGCCGAGCCGCGCUUCUCCAAGAUGGACCACUUCAUCUCUGGCAGCUUUGCAGGCAUUGCCCAGUCGCUCAUCGGCCACCCUUUCGACACCAUCAAAGUGCGCUUGCAAACUCAAUCCGUCACCAACCCGCUGUUCAAGGGUCCGUAUGACUGCCUGCAGCAGACCAUCCGCAAGGAGGGCGUGCGAGCACUCUUCAAGGGCAUGAGCUCGCCGCUGGUCGCUUCGAUCGUAUUCAACUCCAUUCUCUUUGGCACCUUUGAAGAGUUUAAGAGCCGCUUGAGCAAUCCGUUAACGGGGCAACUCAGCACAGCCAACUUUGUGCUUUCGUGCACUGCCACUGGUGCGCUGGAAAGCCUCCUCUACUGUCCGUUAGAGCUCGUCAAGGCACGUCUCCAGGUCCACAUGCAGGCCUCGGCUGCCUCCUCCGCGGCAUCCGCUGCAACAACAACAGCAACAACAACAACAACAGCAACGCAGCUUGGUCCAAUGGGGAUGUUGCGUGAGGUGGUGCAGCAACGCGGCAUCCGCGGUUUGUUUAUUGGGUUGAACGUCACCAUGCUGCGCGAGUGUCCCGGCAACGUCAUGUACUUUGGGGCGUACGAAAUGUUCAAGACCCACUAUCCAGCAACCAGGCCCGAAACAGAGCGCAUCAUCAUGUCUGGCGGCUUGACUGGCAUGCUGUACUGGACGUUUAUCUAUCCGAUCGACUUGCUCAAAUCCAAAGUGCAAUGCGACGAUCUGCAAUCACCGCGGUAUCGCGGCCUAGUGCAUUGCUUCCGCGUUUCGCUGCAAGAGUCCGGCUGGCGAGGGCUCUUUGUCGGCCUUUCGCCAUGCAUCCUCCGUGCCUUCCCAGCCAACGGCGCUGCCUUUGUUGCGUUUGAGUUUUCAAAGUCCUUUUUGCGCUCCCAAGCAGAGAUUGCAUGA